CGGUGACAGCGGGUUGCUCGGGGCUUGUGUUUACAGCUCGGACGGAUGCUGUUCGGCUUGUGACGAAAUUGGAGUAAGACAAUGUCGCGCCAAACGUCAUAUGAGAGCAUAUAGCUGCGGUGAUUUAAAGGUGAAUUUUGCACAUCAUCUCCCACCGCUUCUUCCUCCUCCUUCCUCCUCUUCGCGUCUUCCAUUCAUGAGCAGAGUGGCUGAGCGUAAGAGCGACUGCCAUGGAUGACAAGGGCUUGGUGGGGAAGAUUAGCGUGUCGUCAGACUCGGUGUCCACUCUUAACAGUGAGGACUUUGUCCUGGUGUCCCGGCUGGGGGACGAGACGCCCUCGUCCACUAAUAAUGGUAGUGAUGACGAAAAGACGGGAUUGAAGGUAAGGACGGUGAUUUCAGAGGAAGGGGUCAGCUUUAAGAUUGUGGGAAAUGGCAGUGAGCAGCAACUCCAAAGGGAGCUAGAGGAUGUCCUCAUGGAACCGUCGUUGGGCGACGCCAGGCCGGGGCCCCUGGCGGGCGCCGGGGACCAUGACCUCCUCCUCACCACAGCAUCGCCCGUAGCACCAGCCACUGAUCCCCUCAGUGCACCAUCACCCAAGGUGGAGAUGGUACUUCCUGUUCAGACAGCUCAGGAGAGCGAGCUGAAUGAGCGGUCCUAUCGGGGAGAUGAAUCGUCAUCAGACGGCAGUCCUGGUAGUCCCAUCCCAGAUGAGGACAGUGUAGUCUUCAGUCAGCUGACAUAUCUCGGGUGCGCCUCGGUCAACGCUCCCCGCAGUGAGGUGGAGGCUCUCCGUAUGAUGGACAUACUGAGGGGGCAGUGUCAGCUCCCCUUGGACGUCACGUUGUGUGUGCCAGGCGUGUCUGAAGGCACUGUCAGGCUUUUGGACCCCAACAACAGUACGGAGAUCGCCAACUACCCGAUCUAUAAGAUUCUGUUCUGCGUGCGCGGCCAUGAUGGCACGCCGGAGAGUGACUGCUUUGCGUUCACCGAGAGCCACUACAACGCCGAGAUCUUCAGGAUCCAUGUGUUCCGUUGCCAAAUCCAAGAGGCGGUGAGUCGGAUUCUGUACAGCUUUGCCACAGCAUUUCGGCGGUCAGCUAAGAAGGCGGCACUGGCGUCGCAGCAGCUUGCUCCACUCACGCCAGAUAGCGACUUGUUUACCUUCACCGUCAGCCUGGAAAUCAAGGAGGAUGAUGGCAAAGGCACUUUCAGUGCUGUCGCAAAAGACAAGGACAAGCAGAGCUUCAAACUACGUGCCGGAAUGGACAAGAAAAUAGUCAUUUAUGUCCAGCAGACGUCCAAUAAGGAACUGGCUAUUGAGCGGUGUUUUGGUCUUCUGCUUAGUCCUGGCAAGAACGUCAAAAACAGUGACAUGCACCUUCUAGACCUGGAGUCAAUGGGAAAGAGCUCCGACGGGAAGUCUUACAUCAUCACAGGAAGUUGGAACCCCAGCACGCCCCAGUUCCAGGCUGUGAACGAGGAAACGCCCAAAGAUAAAUGUAUGUACAUGACGACAGCGGUGGACCUCGUCAUAACAGAAGUCGAAGAGCCGGUGCGUUUCCUUCUGGAGACGAGGGUCCGGGUUUGCUCUCCCAACGAUCGUCUCUUCUGGCCCUUCAGCAAGCGCAGCCACACUGAAACCUACUACCUGAAACUGCGACAGAUGGAGCGCAAGGAGCGGAAGAGGCCCUCCGCUGACACACUUUACGAGGUGGUGAGUUUGGAAAGUGAGACAGAAAGAGAGAAACGGAAGACCACAGCUAGUCCUGCUAUCCCUCCUGGCGCGCCGGGUUCGAUGGUCCCUUCUCCACCCGAGGAUGACGAAGAGGAAGAUAAUGACGAGCCAUUACUCAGUGGUUCUGGUGAUGUUUCCAAAGAGUGUGCUGAGAAGAUCCUGGAGACCUGGGGAGACUUGCUAUCUAAGUGGCAUAUGAAUCUGUCCGUGCGUCCCAGGCCGCUUCCAGCUCUGGUGCGGAGCGGGAUACCCGAGGCGCUCCGUGGGGAGGUGUGGCAGCUCUUGUCUGGUUGCCACAACAAUGACCACCAGGUCGAGGAGUACCGCACUCUAAUCACAAAGGAAUCCCCGCAGGACAGUGCCAUCACUCGGGACAUUAACAGGACGUUCCCGGCUCAUGACUACUUCAAAGACACCGGAGGAGAUGGGCAAGACUCCCUGUAUAAGAUCUGCAAGGCAUACUCUGUAUAUGAUGAGGAGAUUGGCUACUGCCAGGGACAAUCCUUCUUGGCUGCUGUGCUACUGUUGCACAUGCCGGAGGAGCAAGCCUUCAGUGUGCUCGUCAAGAUCAUGUUUGACUAUGGCCUCAGGGACCUGUUCAAGCAAAACUUUGAAGAUCUGCAUUGCAAGUUCUUCCAGCUGGAGAGACUCAUGCAGGAAUAUAUACCCGAUUUGUACACCCAUUUCCUGAACGUGGGUUUGGAAGCUCACAUGUAUGCCUCCCAGUGGUUCCUCACCCUCUUUACAGCCAAGUUCCCUCUCUACAUGGUCUUCCAUAUCAUUGACCUGCUUCUGUGUGAGGGCAUCAGUGUGAUCUUCAACGUGGCUCUAGCACUUCUCAAGACAUCAAAAGAUGAUCUGAUCCAAACAGACUUUGAGGGCGCCCUCAAAUUUUUUCGUGUUCCGGUUCCCAAAAGGUAUCGCUCAGAGGAGAAUGCCAAGAAGCUGAUGGAGCUGGCUUGUAGCAUGAAGAUCAGCCAGAAGAAGCUGAAGAAGUUUGAGAAGGAGUACCACACCAUUCGGGAGCAGCAGGAACAGCAGGAAGCCCCUAUCGAGAGAUAUGAGAGGGAGAACCGUCGUUUGCAGGAGGCCAACAUGCGCUUGGAGCAGGAGAACGACGACCUGGCACACGAGCUGGUCAGCAGCAAGAUUGCCCUGCGCAAAGACCUUGACAACGCUGAGGAGAAGGCCGACGCCCUGAACAAGGAGCUGCUGCUGACCAAACAGAAACUCGUUGACGCCGAGGAUGAGAAGAGACGACUGGAGGAAGAGUCGGCGCAGCUGAAGGAGAUGUGCCGACGAGAGCUGGACAAAUCGGAAUCCGAGAUUAAGAAGAACGGCUCCAUUAUUGGGGAAUACAAGCAGAUCUGCUCCCAGCUGAGCGAGCGGCUGGAGAAGCAACAGGCGGCCAAUCGAGGAGAGCUUGAGAAGAUCAGAGCCAAAGUGGAGGGCUGCGACAAAUGCAGCAGCCUUUUCAACAAGGAAGGUCGCGUUCGGGCGCCCGUGGCGGCGCCGCCACCUGGAGGCAGCGAGGAGACGGAUGAGGAGAAGGAGGCUUUGAAAAACCAGUUGAGGGAAAUGGAGCUGGAACUGGCGCAGACCAAACUGCAGCUGGUGGAGGCCGAGUGCAAGAUCCAGGACCUGGAGCACCAUCUGGGUCUGGCUCUCAACGAGGUCCAGGCGGCCAAGAAGACCUGGUUCAACCGAACGCUCAGCUCCAUCAAAACAGUCACCGGCACCCAGGGCAAAGAGACCACCUAACCCUGCUCGGGCUCGGUGGUCUCUUUUGCGUCAGCCGGAACUUGAACGCUUCUCGCUUUCCAUCCCGGGGCGAGCGUCACUACGGAGCCACAUUUCUCCUUUUUUCCUCCUCCCGUUUAGGCCCAACAGGACUACAGACACGUGCACUGACAUAAGCGCCUUUCAAAAAAACAACAAAAAAAAAAACCCUUUUGUUUCCACUCCCCCAUCCAGUGGUCACACUUACACUUUGGUUUGUGUCCUUGUUACUGCUGGACCAACAAGAGGAGGAAGGUAGGACCUAUCUGUAACCAUGGUAACGUGACAGGCGCACACUCCCUUUUUCCCCCUUCCCUGAAGAACAAAAAAAC